CACUAGUGCACUAGAAAGAAAGAGCGCGCAGCGAACAGCGACAACGGCAGCGACAACGGCAGCAGCGCCUCCAGCGCCAGCAGCAGCAGCAGGAGAGAAAAAGCGCGAGCGCUCGCAGACAACGACGAGGGCCCAAUCUCGUGGACUCGUGAAUUCAUUCGCCUCGAGCUCGGCGGUGGUACUGCUGCUUGCGACAUCGACUCUGAUCAAGAAAAGAGACGGGCGAGAGAGGACGAGAGGGAGAGAGAGGGUGAUAUUUUUCGUGGGGAGAGGAGGAUUGAAAGGGUACAUUUUGUUGGAGAGUGAGAGAGGGAGAGAAGAGGGGUGGAGGAAGUGAGGAGGGAGUGGAAUUUGGAAGGAAGAGGACAGUACAAUGGCCGUAGCUGCCAGCAACGUGCGAUCGGCCGUGGGGUUGUCGCAAUGUUCGGUGUCCGGGUCGACUGCUGCUGCUCCUGUGUCCAGCAGAGCGGGAUCGGGGCUCGGAAGGAAGGCGUUUUGUGGGGAGUCUGUCACGGGGUCGUUUGGGAAGGGGCGGGUGGACUUUCAGGUUGGAGAGAGUAAGAGCCGACGCAGGAGUGGAAGCUUGGUGCAGCCCGUCGCGUCGUCUCUGCUCGCGGAGAUUGCCAAGGAAAUAGCGCAAGCGCAAGCUCCCGCACAGGCACCGUUGACUGAAUUCAGACCCAGAGUGGAUCCACAAACUGUCGCUUCUUUAAUUUUGGGAGGUGGAGCUGGAACUCGACUGUUCCCUCUCACCAGGAGGAGGGCGAAACCAGCUGUUCCUAUCGGAGGAGCCUACAGGCUCAUCGACGUACCCAUGAGUAACUGCAUCAACAGCGGUAUCAACAAAGUAUUCAUCCUUACUCAAUUCAAUUCAGCUUCCCUGAAUCGUCACCUUGCCAGAACAUACAACUUUGGAAACGGCGUCAACUUUGGGAAUGGAUUUGUCGAGGUGCUGGCAGCGACGCAAACUCCAGGGGAGUCUGGCAUGAACUGGUUCAUGGGAACUGCUGAUGCUGUUCGCCAAUUCACUUGGCUUUUUGAGGAUGUGAAGAACAAGGGAGUUGAACAUGUUCUGAUCCUUUCUGGUGAUCAUCUGUAUCGAAUGGACUACAUGGACUUUGUGCAGAAACACAAAGAUAGUGGAGCCGACAUUACAAUUUCCUGCGUGCCGAUGGAUGACAGUCGAGCGUCGGAUUAUGGUCUGAUGAAGAUUGACCACAAAGGUCAGGUCUUAUACUUCAACGAGAAGCCAAAGGGUGAACAGUUGAAGUCCAUGCAAGUGGAUACUACUGUUUUGGGACUGUCUCCCGAAGAGGCGAAGAAGAUGCCAUACAUCGCGUCAAUGGGAAUAUAUGUUUUUAAGAAGGAAAUUCUUCUCAAGCUCCUAAGAUGGCGUUAUCCUACUGCGAAUGACUUUGGAUCUGAAAUUAUUCCUGCUUCCGCUAAAGAGUUCAAUGUUCAGGCAUAUUUGUUCAACGACUACUGGGAAGACAUCGGAACUAUCAAGUCGUUUUUUGAUGCCAAUUUGGCACUUACUGAGCAGCCGCCAAAGUUCAAAUUUUACGAUGUUGCAAAGCCUAUUUUUACGUCUCCUCGAUACCUGCCACCUACAAAGGUGGAGAAAUGCCGAAUCAUCGACUCUAUCGUGUCUCACGGAUGUUUCCUCCGAGACUGUAGCGUGGAGCACUCUAUUGUUGGGAUUCGAUCUCGCAUUGAGAGUGGUGUGGAGCUACAGGAUACUAUGAUGAUGGGUGCUGAUUACUACGAGACAGAUGCGGAGAUGGCAAGUUUGCUUGCUAGCGGUAAAGUACCUCUGGGUGUUGGAACAAACUCCAAAAUCAGGAACUGUAUUAUCGACAAAAAUUCGAGAAUUGGACGAAAUGUUAUUAUCAUGAACAAGGAUAACGUUCAAGAAGCAGAAAGGCCAUCGGAGGGAUUUUACAUCCGAUCUGGUAUUACAGUCGUAUUGAAGAAUUCCACCAUCAAGGAUGGUAUGGUAAUCUAGAUGGUUUAGAGGAAAAUUGCGCAAGGUAGCUAGUUACUCAAAUUGAUUCACGUUUUUAAAAGAUUGUUUUUGUAUAUUGAGUACGUUGACAUUGUCUUCUGGGGGAAGUAGUAGAGCUAUCGAAGCUGCUUGUAAUUGAUUAGAUAGUUGUAACCAUUGCAGCCAUGUCAACCGUCUUCCGAAUUCUUAAGUGUUGUCAUCGCCGUAAAGCGCGGUUCAGUAGGAAGCUUCGUUCCCGGAAGAUACGAUUGCGGUAGUAGUAAUUUAGCCAUGAAGCUAGAACACUUGGUGAUGUGAAGGUGGUUUUAGUACUACAAAAAGGUGUAGUAAAUACUAGCAAUUUAGAUAGGAAAAGCACCUUCGUAGAGGUCAUCUUUGUAAAUUUCUCACUCACAGCCGUAGACUGUAGCGGGUAGCAAUUCAAGGUGAUCUACUGAUCGUAUUUAAGAGCUUCAUACAUGUACUCUCAAGUGUGCAAUGAAUAUAGGUCGUCGGAGCAUCACAUAGGAAUGCUUGUCGAAAGACCGCAGGAUUAA